AUGGCCAAUGUAAAGAGACGUCCUCGCGCGCGAAGCCAUCACAAGAUCAAGGGCCGUCGUCGUAAGCCAAACAUCUCCGAGCUGGUGUACAAGUUUCUCAGCCUAGGUGGCAAUCAACGCGACAAGCGGACGUACGACGCCCACGACCCACAGUGCACGCUUUGUCGGCCACGGAAACGCCGCAACGAACUUCUGGAAUCCCUGAAUUCCAGGGUGACCCACGCCAGGAACAUGACGAACAAACGUAGGGAAUCUAGCAAGAAUUCGAAGAUGCAUCGGGUGAAACGUCGUCGCACGUCUAAAGACCCGAACCGAUCCGCCUGCAUGUGCAAACGUAGCACUGGUGAAGGGGUGAAGAAGAUGAAGAGGUAUAUACAAAAGGCCUUGGACUUCGGCGUAGAAUCCGGCUACUUGAUCCCAAAGGACGCCGCGUACAGAGUCCUCCGGGUGUCCUCGGACCUUGUCAGCGACGAUGAUUACUUGAGGAACAGCCGGGACACGUGCAAAACGGUAUCCCGGGACAGGAGUCGGCGUCGUACACCGAUGAAUUUCGAAAGUUACGAGGUGCAGGAUGCCAGGAGGCGAACGUCGCGUAGAAGACGACGAUCUAGAAGUGGUUCCAGAAGGCGGAAGUCUCGAAGACGCAGCAAACGCGGACGGAGGUGCAGCGGGUCCGGAACCGAGGAGGUUGUCGAGAACGACGGUUACGAGCACGAUAACCAGUCUGAGAAGCGCAAGAGCGCUGAGGACGCAAACGGCGAAGAUGGAAACGAGCAAUCGAACCAGCCAGACGACGACGACGGCGAGAAAACAACGGCCGACAAGGCGGAGGAAAGCUCGGAUUUGUCGGUAGACGAGGACGACACCGACGAUGAAGAGAAGAAAGGAGACGACACGAAGAAAUCGUAG